CCUCAGAUGCAAACGUGGAUUGGCAGCUCGGAGUCAAACCUGGAAGUUUUCAUCCCAUUCCUGGGCAAAUACCACCGCCUGGUUUCGGGGCGCUGCUGCCAGACCUGCACCCCCAGGAGCUGGGGUGGAUUCUAUCCCGAGGAUCUGGCUGCUCUGGGACUCCGUGAUGUCAGCCGCUUGAGGGAGACAGACACGCGGAAGCAAUCCCUGGAUUAUCCAUGUUUUGCCGUGCCCGACGUGCUCAUCGUCCCGGUGGGAAUCGCCUACGAUGUGGCUCCCGGCGGAGAGCAGUGGGAUGGAGCGCCCCCUCAGCCCCUCRGCAUCGGCGCGUGUCUSCGGGCAGCGUUCCAGGCCCUGCGCCGGCACCGUGGGUGUGCCCGCGUGGAUUUCUCACAGCCCUUCUCCUUACGGGAAUUUGUGGACCACAACCUGGUCGGGCCAGUCCUCACAGGGAACCGUCCGGAGCAGCUGUUGCUCUCCACCAUCCUGGGCAGGCGCCCGCCCGAUGUUGGUCAUGUGGGGACUUUGGGUCCCACUUUGGGGACUGAAGAGGAGAUUUUGGUGACGGCGCUGGGGCUGCACGCGCUGAGUGAUUGCAGCGCCUGCUCCGCCGUCACGGCUGUGGGAAUCACUGCGGCGCUGCUGCUCCACAGGCACCGCGAGGUGGUGCUGCUGCCCCGGCUGAUGCGGGAUUUCUCGGAGCUGCUGGAGCAGCUGCUGCUGCGGGGCCAGGCCGUGGGGUUCUCGGGGCAGCUGCGGGCGCUGCUCUCCCAGCCUUUCCAGUCUGCUUCCAGCCGGGAGAAGCUGGCAGCCUUCAUCCACCAGUUCACCCAGCUGUAG